CUUCAUCUUCUUCAUCUUCUGCAAUAUCUCUUGUUUUUAGCAGAUUUUUCAGUUCUUGAUUCCAUGGCAAAUAACAAAUGGUUAAACAUAACAGUUGAUGGAAACUCAGCCUUGGCUUCUUACUGGCCCAGCAUUUUCUCAGAUUGUCUUCAAAAGAUAGUCAGGAACUUCUUUGAAGACUCAAGAAACGAGGGAGCUAAUGCACAGGUAGGUCUGGUAAUGUAUAAUGCCAACAACAAUCCAGGUAUAUUAUUUCAUUUACCUUUUAUUUUCAUUUUCAGUCUAUGUAAGAUACGCCUUGUUGAGUUAAAUCAAUAACAACUUUGUAAUAAUUAUUUUAUCCAAUAUGCUAAUUAUAUAUAGAAUUAUAUGUUUUUACUCUGAAACAAAAUUAAAAUUUUCAAAAUUUGGAUACAUUCAUUCUACUGUUACUCAAAUAUGCUUAAAUUUGCUUNUGUAUCUUAUCUAGGGUUGGACGUUCAAUAUAUCCCUUGGACAAGAGAGGUGGAUAGUUUUUUAAGUGUGUUAUCAUCAUUGAUUUUCAAUGGAAAUAAUGAAAACCAACACACCAUGGUGAAAGGUCUUGCAGAAGCUCUACUGGUAUAUAUAUG